UCUCAGGGGAGGCUAAUGUAGAGUAAUCGCUGCUACUUCCUGUUUAGGUUGAUGCCAUAAAGAUGCAGAAGUACGAGAAGUUGGAGAAAAUAGGCGAAGGCACCUACGGAACUGUUUUCAAAGCCAAAAAUAGAGAAACCCAUGAAAUUGUUGCUUUGAAACGAGUGCGUCUAGAUGAUGACGACGAGGGAGUUCCAAGCUCUGCAUUACGAGAGAUAUGUCUUUUGAAAGAGCUGAAACAUAAAAACAUUGUGAGAUUGCAUGAUGUGUUGCAUAGUGAGAGGAAACUUACACUUGUCUUUGAAUACUGUGACCAAGAUCUUAAAAAAUAUUUUGACACCUGUAAUGGUGAAAUUGAUCCAGAUACUGUCAAGUCCUUCAUGUACCAGUUAUUAAGGGGACUGGAUUUUUGUCACAGCAACAACGUCCUUCACAGAGACCUUAAACCCCAGAACCUUCUAAUCAAUAAGAAUGGAGAGCUGAAACUUGCUGAUUUUGGACUUGCAAGAGCAUUUGGCAUUCCUGUGAGGUUCUACUCUGCUGAGGUGGUGACACUGUGGUAUCGACCUCCAGAUGUCCUCUUCGGUGCCAAAAUGUAUUCCACCUCAAUUGACAUGUGGUCAGCUGGCUGCAUAUUUGCAGAGUUAGCUAAUGCUGGUCGCCCAUUGUUUCCUGGUAAUGAUGAUGAUGAUCAGCUGAAAAGAAUAUUCAAAUUGUUAGGCACACCUACUGAAGAUCAAUGGCCUGGGAUGACACAGCUUCCAAACUAUAGGAUGUUUCCUAUGUACCAUGUCAACACAACAUGGCAGCAGGUGGUGCCAAAGUUGAAUGCAAAAGGUCGGGAUUUACUACAAUCUCUACUUGUCUGCUACCCUGGGGACAGAAUCUCUGCUGAGGAAGCACUCCAGCACAGCUACUUUUCAGACCUUCCACCCAUUGUACGACAGGUGUGAAAAGCAUGCUUGCCAAAAGCAGUAAACGUCGGCAUUCUGGCUCAGGAUUGUGGCAGUCUGAACUGUGGCUUUGAUCUGAAGUGACAGACUUCGGUUAUGUUUGCAUUCCAACUUGUCAGGAAUGUGUGUAUGGCUGCCUCUGUGUAAGUGCAUAUGUGUGUGUGCGUGUGCAUAAGAGAGAUUGUCAUUACAUUGUGUCAUCUUUUGUGAGCAGUUUUAGUUUAGUGUUGUCCUGUUUGAAUGUUUCUUGUCAUGUUUGUGGGCUCCUUUCAUAUAAAUGUUUUCCAUGUCCAUAGUAUCAUAAAACAUAAAUCAUUAAAAAAGUAAACAUUCAGCAGAUUUGUUGUUUUCUUUGCAUAAAUUAUCAUUUGCUCUCAAGCUCAAAGGGUAUAAAGUUAAUGUUUGGUGUUUUCCUGCAGCUGGUAAUUAUUUUUGUUUUCUCUGUUGUCAUUUUUUAUUGCAGUCAUUCAAGACUUUUUAUUUCAUUUUGUACUCUUUUUGGUAUACAGCAAAGUUUUAUGUCUGUGAUAUUGUGGGAGGAGUUCUGCCAGUGUUUGCAUUAUUUGAUAUCUGCCCAACAUGUGAAGUUUCAAAAAUGUAUCUAACUAGUUACAUAUGCCCUGUCCAUGACUCAUGCACUCAAAAAACUCCUGGGGAUCACCACACUAUUUCUGUCUAUGAAUAUCAGUUUGCUAUAUAAGGAUCUGUGAACACAAUGAAGUUUAAUUUGCUGUAAAGAUUACACUGCCUGAUAUCAAGA